GUCAGCUUCUACUCGGUGUUUAUUUCCGGAAGUAAGUUGUCAGUGUCAAGCUUUUCCCCUAAAAAAAACCUCACGUACGUCUCACAGCAACGACAGCCUCUUUAGGUGUGUCCUCCUCACACUCUCAGGAUGGCUCAUUGGUUUCAUAGAAAUCCUCUGAAGGCAACAGCACCUGUGUCCUUUAAUUUCUACGGAGUGGCAGGGAGCCCCUCUGCCAACAAGAUAUGCAAUGACUUGAGGACAAACAGAGCGAGACUUCUGGAGAUGUUCACCGAUGUCACCUGCAACCCAGAGAUCAUGAAAAAUGCCACAGAUGCGUACUUCGGCCUCCUACAAGGCUUUAUCUUAUCCUUGGAUGGGACUACACAAGAGAACAAGAUGAGGUUCAUCCAGAACUUCAAAUGGACUGACACUUUACAAGGAAACACACCAAGUGCCCAGCAAGAUGCAGUCUUUGAACUGGUCUCCAUGGCCUUCAAUGUAGCCGUCUGGUAUACCAAGUUUGCCUCGAGACUAGCAGGGAAAGAAAACAUUUCGGAGACUGAGGCGAAAGAUGUUCACCGGAGCCUGAAGGUUGCUGCUGGUAUAUUCAAAAAUCUCAAGGAGCUCCACAUCCCUCGUCUCAUCACCCCAGCUGAAAAGGGCCGAGACCUGGAGCCCAGAGUGAUUGACGCAUACAUCAUCCAGUCGCAAGCAGAAGCACAGGAAGUGACAAUUGCCAGAGCGAUCGAACUGAAGCAUAAUGCCACGAUCGUUGCAGCGUUGUCAUUCGAGACGGCAAACUUCUAUCAGAAAGCUGACCACACGCUGAACACCUUGGACCCAGAGUGCAGCAGCAAGUGGAGGAAGUACUUCCAGCUGAAGCAGCACUUCUACAUGGCUUAUGCGUACUGCUAUCAUGGACAGACGCUGCUGGCGGGUGACAAGUGUGGUGAAGCUAUCAGAUCUCUCCAGGAAGCAGAGAAGUGUUACUCCCGUGCCGAGGCGCUGUGUAAAGAGUAUCGUCAGACCAAAGGCCCGGGCUCCACGGCCAAACCUUCGGAGCAGCUGUUCUUUCUCAAAUUGGGCGGUCUCAUUAAAAACACACUGGAGAAAUGCGAGAGAGAGAAUGGCUUCAUAUACUUCCACAAGAUCCCGGCUGAGGCGCCCCAGCUCGAGUUGAAGGCGAGUUACGGCCUGGCGGAGCCGAUCUCCUUUGAGAUGCCGCCCCUCAGCGAGCAGUGCAGCGCUGAAGUUUACGCCACCUUUGACCUGACCAAGGGAGCCAAAAAUGACAAGGCCAAACCCAAGGAGGAGGAAGUGAAACCAGUGAAGGAGCCAGAUUUGAAGCCUGAGAAGGACACAGGCUGUACAAUCUCCUAAACAUCCCACACCCCGAUUCUUAUUUUCAGCCUCAGUGCUUCAGUUCCAUCAAUUAUAAUGAUGGAUCCCAUUUUUCUUUCCAUGUAAAACCUCCACAGGAAGAAUUGUUUUUUUUGGUUGUAAUAUUAAUCCACUGUGUUUUACAUUCAUGCUGAACAUGUGUAGUGUAUUUCAUUAUGACAACCACCUUUCUUUUUCUACGCCAGAGCCAGUUAAACAUCUUAGCAUGCGACCACGUCCUCUGAACAGCUCACAUUUGAUGAGAAUUAAUGAAAACAGCUCGACAUGAAGAAAAACAUUUUUAAAAAGAUGGGACAGCAGUUUUUUUUUUUCAGGUCAGCUGAAAGGAUGACUUUCAAAUUAGCGCUUCACAUGCAGGCAGUUUCAAGCUGAAUGAUGAUAAACAAGCCUUAUGAGUGAAGCAGUCCCUAUUAAUGGUGCCUUUGGCUGCAAUGUAAACUAUUCACUGUGGCCCAAAAAAGAUAAAAGUGUUUAGACUUUAUCGCACGGAGCUCUGGCCUGAAAAUCAGCAUAUUAAACCAGAUCCAAGCAAAAGAUGCAGCAGCAUUCAAAAAUGUUAAUAAAAAAAAAAAAAAGACCGUUAUUCACCCAGAGUAUUUACCACUACAAGAGAAUGAGAUACAACUCUCUGAGUAAAUAUAAAGGGGCAUUCCCACAAUCAUCCUGUAUACUAUUAUAAUACUUUUAUGAGCAUUUGAAUGCAUUUUAAGCUGAAGAUUUGUUCAAGAAACGCCUCAUUUAAACACACUUCUGAUGAUGAACACAAUAGAAAUGUAAAUCCGCAGUUUGCAUUUUUGUUUUGUUUUUUUUAGCUGUAGCAGUUUACAAUCACUAGUCUAGAUCACAUGAUGUAUCUACUGUAGUUCCUUUUUCUUUUUGUACAUGAUGUAGCUGUUUUUCUACUUUUUACUAUUAUUGAUUCAAGAAAACUUUCUUACUGGAGGAAGGCUGAUAUAUUCUUUAACAUGUUGAGAUGCGUCCCUUAUAAUAAUAGUAGUUAUUUUUUAUUUAUUUCUGUUAUGUAAUGAUAUUUUUAGUUGACUACUUAAAAAACACAGUGUAUUACCCUAUGUUCAUUCAAAUCAUUCAUUCUCGGUGAUGAUUGUUUUUGAUUAUUUUAUGUUUCGGUGGAUACAUCAGAAUAGUCACUAAUGCAUAAAAUGCUUACUCUUGUAAACAUCUAGUUGCUGAAAGAGUGCUGUCGUCAAUACAGUAGUUGACACAAUGUAUGUACUGUACCUCUAUUGAGUGUUAUCCCCUUUCUAUAAUGACAUAUUGCAGAUUGGGGCAUUGUGCAUUAAUUAGAUAACCAGGGGUGGGAGACAGUAUUGAGUCUUCAUGUCUGAAAUAAAUCCAAUAUGCUGCUGAAGAGCCGCUCAUGUUAUCAAAACUCUCCCAAACUCUUGCAUAUAAAUUCCUCUCAUAAACAUAACAUAACCAUCAAUUGCUAGAAACUUGUAUAAUCUGUAAUAUACUGCUCACAUGUGCUCAUUUAUGUCCGUACAUACAUAUAAAGUAUAUUUGCUUUAGCUGAGGUAGACUGAUCAGUAGUAAGAAAUACUCAUUUAUUUCUUUAUAACUCAUUGUAACACACUUACCGUUAACGGUUGUUCGUUAUAUUUGGAACAGCGGAUUAAACGUUGCAGAAAUCCGACCUACACCGGUACCCUUAUUCUUUACAAGGCCUCUGUUUAUCAAUAGGGCGGGUCCGAUUGCCGUCACUAUGUAUCCUCAUUGUAGCGAGCACACUCCUGUGACUCGUUAUUCUUUUCUCUAAUGGUGUCCUUCAUGUGUAAAAUGUAUCUCAAAUGGAUUAAA